CGUCAGCAGAGAUAUGGCAGGGAAAGAGGUAGCAACACCUGGGAUUACUGGGUCUGAGGAGAUAAUUAACUGUACUCCAUGCUCUGAAGCAGAGAGGACAACAGUUACUGUGGAAUGUAAAAGUCAUGAUGGACAUUUCAUUGACAGAUAUUGCAAAAACCAUGAUGAAGUGUGUUGCAAAAUUUGUGUGACAGUUAAACACUUGUCAUGCAAGGACGUAAACAAGAUAGAAACAGUUGCAGAGGGAAUUAAAGAAAGUCAAGAAUUUUGUGACUUAAAAUCUUCCUUGGAAAAGUUCAUUACAUCUGCAAAUCAGGAAAAAGCAUAUCGAAAUUACCACUUAAAAGAUAAUGACAGAGGAAAAAGAAAAGAUCUUGGCUGAUAUUGAUAAAUAUGAAGAGAGGUUAAUACAAAGGAUAAAAGUUCUAGCAAAUACAUCUAGAGAAAAUUUCCAAAAAGCUCAUGCAAAACAUCAAGAUGCAGUCAAGGCUGAUAUCAAAGAACUAGACACAGUUAUGUCAGAACUGACAAAGAGAUUCAACCAUAUUAAGGGAGCAGCCUUUCAUGAAGUUGAGGCCUUCAUAACAAUGAAGAAUUGCCAGAUUUUUUCAAAAGAGGUGCAGAAAGUUGAAACAGAUCUUUCUAAACACUGGCUGCAGACAUCCCUUUCAUACACGUUUAAUAAUGAAGUCAUACCUAAAAUAAUCACAGCAUUUGGAAAUGUUGUUGAAGAAACAAAGGAAAGUCCUGUAUUUUAUCUACAACUCAAACAAGCUGUAGAUAUUACAUGCCAAACUGACAGUAACAAGUGCAGUAUAAAUGGAAUAUGUCAACUACCUGACAAUACUGUGGUAAUCACAGAUGCCAAUAAUUCCAAGCUUAAACGACUGAGAGAUAAUUUAGAGGUGAAAGAUUAUAUUGAUUUAAAUGAUACCCCAGAAUGUAUGUGUGUAACAAAACCACAUGAGGUUGCCAUUGUGCUAAGGGAAAGAAACCUGGUUCAGUUUGUAACCAUUGAUGAAAACAUGACUUUAGAGUCAUCAUUUCCUAUAGUAGAAGGAAAAUGCACCAAGAUUGAUUGUGACCCUACUGAAAAUACAGUGUAUGUUUGUUGUAGGGUUGAAUGUGAAAAGCCUGAAAAGAAAACGCCCCUCCCCUUAACUAAUAACAUGACACACAAAUAUCAUGUUAUUGUUUACAGUAAAAAAGGUGAAUGUUUGUCAAUAUAUAACAAUCAGGAAGUUGAAAGUCGACAGUUUUGUAAGCCAUUGAAGAUACUUAUCAGUUUAGAUACUUUUGAUUUAAUUGAUGCAGAUACAAACAUAUAUACAUUUAGUAAGACGGAUAUGAAACAAAAGCCAACUAGAACAAGAUUCUACUAUUAUGAUGGAAGAUGCUCAUAUCUAUGUAUGAUGUCUGCAGACAAGAUGAUAUUUGGAAAGAAGUAUGGAGAAAUGUUUCUGAAAACAUUACCUGUGACACAGCAAAAAACACUUAAAAUAGAAGAUUUAUCACCUGUGCUAGCAGUACUUUUCAACAAAAAGAAGUCUACAUUGAUUGUUGUAGGAGAGUCAUGUCAAAUCAGAGAAUAUCGAAUAGGCUUAAAGAUACUAUAUCUUCUAAAAGAAUAAACAAAAGAAGAUACUGAAAGGAUACAAAAAUGUAACUGGUUAUAAAUUUGAAGCAUUGACAAUUGGUUAUUUAGACAAAAAAACAUAGUAUGGAAAAAUAUCUGUCAAACAACAGACAUAAAUUCACCAGCCUAGUGAUUGUUUCCUUGUAUCAGUAUAACACUAGAACUAUACAAUCUAGUCACAAAAUAUUCAUGUAUACAUUAUUUUCAAAAAGUUUUUUUAUUGUCAUAUUAUAUUUUCCAAAAAUGUUACUCAUCGGUCAAAUACCUGAACCAUAUUUUGCUUCUGCUGCUUUUCGGCACUUAGAACAGUUUAAGUGAUUAAGUACUAGUAUUUUGUGUGGAAGUCAAAAUACUAUAUUGUCUGCUAAAACCAUUAUUUACAUGUUACUAAACUAUUUUUUGCCCUUCCUAAAGAAAAUAAAACUGUUUCUAGGGCGUAAUGUGCAUUAUAAUUCAUUGCACUUACAAUAAUAACUAGAACUAUCACUCAAUGUGAUUAAUACCCC